AAACUAUUCUUUGUGUGAAAAUAGUUGGUGGCUUCACUUUAUAUUCAGACGCCAUAUUGGAAUUUCCGGCACGAAUCUCGUGUUUUCUGUAUGAACUGUAACUCACACAAAAGCGAAUGGCUGGGCUUCCCAGGCGAAUUAUAAAAGAAACGCAGCGGCUACAGGCAGAUCCUGUGCCAGGCAUUACAGCCGUUCCUGAUGAGGCAAAUGCAAGACAUUUCCAUGUGGAAGUAGCAGGUCCUGUUAAGUCACCCUAUGAGGGAGGAGUUUUUCAUCUGGAACUAUUUUUACCAGAAGAAUAUCCAAUGUCUGCACCAAAAGUUCGUUUUAUGACUCGAAUCUACCACCCGAAUAUUGAUAAACUGGGUAGAAUAUGUCUUGAUAUAUUAAAAGACAAGUGGAGCCCUGCUUUACAGAUUCGUACGGUCUUGCUAUCCAUUCAAGCACUUUUGAGUGCUCCCAACCCUGAUGACCCCCUGGAUACAAAUGUUGCAGAAGCUUGGAAGAAAGAUGAGGAGAGUGCAAUUGAACAAGCACGUCAGUUUACCAGAACAUAUGCCAUGUCCAACAAGCAGUGAAGAUGAACAUGCUGUAUUUGUUCUCUAGACCAACCCACAUUUUGUAGACACAGUUCACACCGUGGAUGGACAUGGAGGAGGCUGUCAUGCUAAUGAUGAGUUCUGUGUCUGCAGAAGUGGAGAUUCCUUUAUAAUGGUGAAUAGCUUGGGUUGCAUAUUGCUGCCUGACCACCUGGCACAGAGUGUGGGGUGCUAGAAUUUUCAACAAUGAUGGAACCGUUGUACUUUUUGUUUUUUGGCUUCUUUGUCCCACACUCAGAUACUUCUUUUGUGACCCUUCCCCCCCCCCCCCCUUUUUUUUUGGUUUAGAAAUUUGAGCAAGUAUUGACAGUCUCCUGAAAUAUGCGUGCUAACAUCAAGGUUAUGUCACUGUUCCAUCUAAGAUGUGAUAAUUUAUUGAAUGGCUUUCCUAACUUGGUAACCUCUUAUUAUUCCACCUCUUUGUGGUUUAGGAGACGCGUGUUUCAGUAAGCUUGCUGUUUCAGUUGGCUGCAUGUUUAUGUUUUGUCGGGGAGCAGUUCUGGUCUACAUGCCUGCUUUCUUGCGUGUCACUGUGAUGAAGUGUAGUGCAAGUACAUGGCAAACUGAGCGGAUGUUUUAGUGAGUUUGUUGCUUUAAUUUUGAUUAGCAUGUUAAGUCUUGUAAUGGAAACUUUCUCUAUGUCACCAGCCUACAAGCUUUCUGCAUAAAUUUAUGCUUUCUGCAGCUGCUUUUAUGAUGAUGAAUUGAUCAGCCUUUUAAUCAGUUUAGGAAAAACUUGCAUUACUGGACCACUGAGCAUGCAAGUAUUAAAAUCUGCCUCCAUUUUUUUUUUCGGGUAGAUGUGAAUUUAUAAAUAUCUCUUGAGAAGAAACACUUUCGUGUUAGAGAUCAUGUUAUUACUUCUAAAUAAACAAACAGCUAAGAAACCAUGUAUCUUGCAGGCAUGCAAUUGGGUGUUUAUCACAUCCUUGAAUAGAUGCUGAUAGCAAUGUCAUGGAUUCUGUUUUGCCCAUUUCUUUUGCAAAAGGUCAGCCUUCUUUAAGUCUGUUCUUCUGCUUGAAACAUUAUUGUAGACAUGUCUGCUGGGUCUGUAGUUUUGAAGCAAGGGUAAAUCAUUGCCCUUGGGCAAUUUAUGGACAAGCAUCUUGUUUCCAAAAUUAUCAGUGUCCAGACCUCAGAGGACGUCUUACUCCUAGACCCAUAGUUAUAAAACAGUGAAGAAGGUGUCUUAGGGUAAAGAAAGAGUUUCUGUGGAGUCUGGGUAUCAAUUUAUAAUUUUGGAAGCAGGAUGCUUCUCCGUCAAUGUUCCCAUUUUGGCCUAGGAAAAUGACUUACUCUUGCUUCAUAACUACAGUCUCAGAUGUGUGUCAUUGCACAGAACCAGUUCUUUUCCCAUAUUGGCUGGUGUUAAAUGCCAACAUUGAAUAGGCUUUUAUUAGGCUGUGUUUUGCCUCCAAGUCAAGAGAAUUAUGUUUUGACGAUCACUGCAAAAAUUUUCAAAUAAACUUAGCAUAAUUCUUUAUUGAUUACAAGAUGUGUUUAUUUCUGUAAUGUUCAGCUGAAUUUUUUUCCCUUGAUGUGUUGGCAAGGUACAGCAGUUUUCAGGUCACUUUUUUGUUGACUUUGAUAACUCUUUAGAUGUGUGUAGUCUUUUGUUGAUCAAGUGUAGAUGUGUGGUUGUCCAGUUUUGCCGAGUGGUUGUGCGCCUGAAGUAACAGGACUGAAGAAAAUGCUUAUGUGGAUGUCUCUUAACUUCUGCAAGUUUUAUCAAUAUUUUGCUGUUGCAGAUGCCACUGUAAUAGUUCAGAUCUAUUCAGCAAUUAUGGAUACAUAUUUUGUGGAUCCCAGUUUAUUUGUAUGAUGUUCUUGCACCCAAAAUAGUUUCAGGCCAAAUGGCUAGUCAGGGAGGCUUUCUUUUCAAAAACUUCUGAGAGAACAGAUUUCCUACAAAUACGUUUCUUUUGGAUUGGGGUUGAAUGCUGCCAUUCUUGUUGGGUAAAGUAGUUAAGGCAGAAUUUGAGACUUUGUUGGGAAUUUGAAACUGGUGAAUCAACUGCCAACCAGUCUGUCCUCUUUUUCUAAACUUGUCAACGCAUAGAGUUUGUCUGAUGCUGAAUGGUCACCAGCUUGUUUUGUGCAUUGUUUACAAAUCCAGUAAGAAAAGAUAAAUAUUCAAACUUG